AUGGUGUCGGCGGUCAGCGGACACCGAUGUGAGGUCACGGCGCCGCUGAGGCCUAGACAGGCUCAGGUCUCAGGGGGGGUCACCACACAGAGACAGGCUCAGGUCUCGGUGGGGGGGGUCACCACACAGAGACAGGCUCAGGUCUCAGGGGGGGUCACCACACAGAGACAGGCUCAGGUCUCAGGGGGGGUCACCACACAGAGACAGGCUCAGGUCUCGGUGGGGGGGGUCACCACACAGAGACAGGCUCAGGUCUCAGGGGGGGUCACCACACAGAGACAGGCUCAGGUCUCAGGGGGGGUCACCACACAGAGACAGGCUCAGGUCUCGGUGGGGGGGGUCACCACACAGAGACAGGCUCAGGUCUCGGGGGGGGGGGGGGGUCACCACACAGAGACAGGCUCAGGCAACGGUCUUAUCGGGCUCAUGUUCCUCAUCCAAAACAGAGCUGGAGUUCCAUCCCAAGCACUGUCCAAACCAUGA